UUUAAGCCGGGUCUCACUACAGAAAAUGUGUGCUUUAUACCAGAUAUUGCGCUAAAAGCAGAACGCGCUGAUGUUCUUUACACAUAUAGAACUCCUGAUGGAUGAAUUUUGACUUUCAGGUGCUUCCUACUCCCUGCUCCGUUUGCAGAAAGUGUCGGUGGACUUCCCUAGGCAAAACUUCACCAUUCGGAACAUCCUGCGAAGUCACCAGUGCAGACGUCACUUCCUUCGUGCGUUACCAUAGUAAUAUAAGGCUAUAUUGGAUACCUGUCGCUGCUGCUAUGGAUAUUUCACACCACCGACAUUUAAUAUUGAAUAUUUCUUAAAACAAAAACUGAUACCAUUAUGAAACAUAUACUACUGAAACUAGUAUACCUUAUAAAUACAUUAUUGAUUAAUAAUAAUAAUAAUAAUAAUAUAUUAAUCUUUUUUCGAGCUCCAUUUUUUCAAGCUCCAGCGAGACGCAAUGACUGAUUUUUCAUUUCCUUUUCCGGUAAAGUGAAGACCUGAUGUUCACUUGUUCCCUACACCGUUCGCAGUUCCCUUUGCUCCCUGCAGUUUGGAAUCACACUUAACAUGGCUUAACAACCUGUGAAGUAUCCUUCGCAGGGUACUUCGGGCCGAUUGGAACGCACCUAUCUACUACAAUCGCAUCUUCCGUCUCUACAGCAGCCGGAUGAUGACGCAAUAAAUGUGCGACGCUGUAAUGUUUGGAGACUAGGCUCUCCUGUGUGUGUGUUCAUUGAAAACAAACAGGGUUUAGAUAAACUGCAUUUUCCAUGCAAUUAUCAGUGUUGUAUUUAAUUUGACGAGUAAUUAAUUCUUAAAAACUCACCUUUUGUACUCUCUAUUUUUCUAUUACGCAGCUACUACAAACAAUACCGCGUUCGCUUCAUAAACCCAAUACAUGCGGCAUGAUGUUUUAUUUUACAGCAGGAUACAUAGUAGAUGCAUUCUGUACAUUCUAUUGGCCUUGUGUAUGAUAUGACUGUUUUGUGGUGAUUAAGCUCCAUUGACCUGUCCCCGAGUGGAAACGCGUCAUAGACACUCAACGUUCCUCUUUCCACUGGAUCUCGCACACAUUAAAUUUAUAAUUUAAUGCGUAAAAGAAGUCUAUUCUAAUGUAUAUAAUUAAAAUGCGACCAGACAGCACAAAAAAUGAUGUAAAAGAUUUCCUCCAGCCCUCAGACACAGAGCUUCAGAGAUGGAUGUCCAGUGCGUUUACCAUGGCGAAGGAGGCUCUUGAAAGUGGAGAGGUUCCUGUUGGAUGUCUUCUGGUGUACAACAAUAUGGUUUUAGGCAAAGGAAGAAAUGAGGUGAAUGAAACAAAAAAUGCUACACGCCAUGCUGAAAUGGUGGCACUGGACCAGAUGUUGGACUGGUGUUCCCACAGAGAGCUGGACCCAAAGGUGGUGUGCAGGAACACUGUCCUCUAUGUGACUGUCGAACCCUGCAUCCUGUGUGCCGCUGCUCUGCGUCUGCUCAACAUCCCACUGGUUGUGUAUGGAUGUAAGAAUGAAAGAUUUGGGGGCUGCGGGUCAGUCCUGGACAUCUCGUCAGGGGAUCUUCCCCACACUGGAACAUCAUUCAAGUGUCUACCAGGACACAGAGGCGACGAGGCUGUUGAGAUGCUGAAGACGUUUUACAAGCAGGAGAACCCUAACGUGGUAAAGCCUAAAGUAAGGAAAGAAGUUGUCGGUCCAGCAGGGGGCGCCAUCAGCACGCACACAGAAGCAGCUCCUCUCGAGGUUGAAAUGGAAAACUAAAUAAAACUCACACUUCCUUUCCUCCAGCUGUGACAGACUGCACUGUGUGGUUUACAACAACUUUCAUCUUUUAUGCUUCGACUCCUCCUCUUCUGUCUGUCCUUAUCUAACCCUGAGUCACAUCGUUUGCAUAAAACUGAGUGUUAAUGCUACAGUAGCUGUAAACACAUACUGUAAAUGUUUUUUAAAAUCUUGCUUUCUUAAUAAAUUAUUUUAAAAAUUUAUUAAGUUAUUUUUGUCACAGUUUUAACAUCUUUUGUCUAAUCAAAUAAAUCCUGAAGUUAAUCUAAA